CGAAUCUAUGUCACAAACUCACAACUCACAACCGCUUUACUUAAUUUUAAAGAAAGGUAUAAUGGUCAGCCGAGUUGACUCAUCGUGUCGGUAACUCCAAAAUCAGACCUCCGAUCAAAACCAAUGGGGAACCAUAACUCCGGCCAGCGACACCACCACCACCACCACCUACCCAACCAUAAUAACGUUGAACCACCAUCUCAACCCCCUGCAUAUUACCACCCACCCCCACCCCCAUCAAAUCACGCACCACAACCCCCGCCCCCACCCACCAACCAAAUGCCAUUACCAUCAGUUCCUUACUCUCACGUUGAUUACAGUUUACGAGCUCUCGCCGGUCAAGCUGAAGGAUUCGGUCGAUUCGCCCUUGGUGGACUUCACGGACCACUUUAUCAUGUUACCACUCUAUCAGAUGAUGGGCCGGGAUCACUUCGAGCUGGAUGUCGCGUAAAAGAGCCUCUAUGGAUUGUGUUUGAAGUUUCGGGUACCAUUGAACUGUCGUCGUAUUUGAAUGUUUCGUCUUACAAGACCAUUGAUGGACGGGGUCAAAGGAUUAAGCUAACGGGCAAGGGGCUUAGGCUUAAAGAAUGUGAACAUGUGAUCAUAUGUAACUUAGAGUUUGAAGGCGGUAGAGGACAUGAUGUAGAUGGUAUUCAAAUCAAGCCCAAUUCGAAGCACAUAUGGAUUGAUCGGUGUAGUCUCAAGGAUUAUGACGAUGGAUUGAUUGAUAUUACCCGUCAAAGCACAAAUAUUACCAUUUCCCGUUGUCACUUUUCAAACCAUGACAAAACAAUGCUGAUUGGAGCUGAUGCUUCGCACCAUGGCGACAGAUGUAUAUGUGUCACAAUUCAUCAUUGUUUCUUUGAUGGGACCCGACAACGGCAUCCUCGUGUUAGGUAUGCCAAAGUGCAUCUGUAUAACAAUUACACCAGAAACUGGGGCAUUUAUGCGGUCUGUGCCAGUGUUGAAUCACAGAUAUUUUCACAAUGCAAUAUAUACGAAGCGGGACAGAAAAAAGUGGCUUUUAAAUACCUCACCGAGAAGGCACCUGACAAAGAGGAGGCAAGCACAGGCUGCAUUAUAUCUCAGGGUGACCUAUUUAUGAGCGGUACUCAACCGGGCCUAUUGGGAUCGACGGCAACAAGUGGCUUGUUUCACCCGAGCCAACACUACCAGACAUGGACGGUUGUACCUGCAACGAAGGAGCUCAAAAAUCUUCUUCAGCGUUAUACAGGGUGGCAGGCUGUUCCACGCCCACCUGGCCCAUAACCAAUCGUAUAACUAUCUAUAUACGUACAGUUAUGCGAGUAUUUGAAGUAUAUAUGGUGACUUAUUUUUUUAUAUUUCUGGUAUAUUUUUUCUUUUAAGUCAAGUGUUGUUUACAAAUUAUAUAGUUUUAAUACUUUUUAAAUGGUUUGAAUUAAUAUCAUGAUAUUCACGUUGUGGCUA